AUGCCAGUGGAGCAGGCCAGCGGUGAGCGGCCAGCCACUAACGCCAUCAAGAAGCGCCAGCUGUGCGGAGGCGAGAGGUUCCCUGACCUGGAUUGUUUACACGCGCCAGCCGAAGCGCCCUCAACCCCCCUUGACCACGCCCAAGUGCAACGAGCCCAAAGCACGACUGCAGCACUCAGCCGGCCGUCGUCGCUAUCGAUCCAAUCUGUUGCAUCCGAAUUGUCGUCGUCGUCUUCGGAAUACUCGGCCUGGUCGUCGCUUUCAGACAGGGACCCCAGAGACAGAGACAGCAGGACUCUCAGCGACCAUAGCGCCCUCGAUUCCCGCCGAUCGUCAUCCAUCAGCAGCGCCUCGUCGUUCGCUUCGUCUUCUUCCCCGCCCUCACAGUCUGCAGCAUCUCCCGACAGCUCGCUUACCCGCAGCCGUCGGGACGCGAAGCAGUUGCAUGCUGCCCGUCUGCAGCGUUCAGGCUCGACCAACCUCGCCCUUGCCAACACCAAGAAGGAGGGAGGUUCCAAGCGCAGCAGGUUCCAGAGGGCCGCGAGCCCCGCUGACGCUCUCGCCGCCACCGAGCCGCCCCACGAGCAAGGCCUCACCAGGAUGGCCUUUGCCGAGCAGCAGCGCUGGAUCACAGUCCAGCAAAAGACCUUUACCAAGUGGUUGAACACCAAGCUGGAAGCGAGGGGUCUCGAGGUCAAGGACCUGGUGCAGGAUCUAAGCGAUGGCGUCAUCCUCAUCCACCUCCUGGAAAGCCUCUCGAGCGAGUCUCUCGGUCGCUAUGCCGCCAAGCCCAAGCUGCGCGUGCAGCGCUUUGAGAAUGCCAAUCUGGCUCUCAACUUCAUCAAGUCGCGGGGUAUCCAGAUGACCAACAUCGGUGCCGAAGAUGUCGUGGACGGCAACCGCAAGAUCAUCCUCGGUCUGAUCUGGACUCUUAUUCUGCGCUUCACAAUCAACGACAUUAACGAGGAGGGCAUGACAGCUAAAGAAGGCCUGCUGCUAUGGUGCCAACGUAAGACGGCCUGCUACGACGAGGUUGACGUGCGCGAUUUCAGUGCCAGCUGGAACGAUGGGUUGGCCUUCUGUGCUCUGCUGGACAUCCACCGGCCCGACCUCAUCGACUAUGACGCCCUGGACAAGUCAGACCACCGCGGCAACAUGCAGAUGGCCUUUGACAUUGCUCACAAGGAGAUUGGCAUCCCGAAGCUGCUGGACGUGGAAGACGUGUGCGACGUAGCCAAGCCCGACGAGAGGAGUUUGAUGACGUACAUCGCCUACUGGUUCCAUGCCUUCUCUCAGAUGGAGAAGGUCGAAAACGCUGGGCGCCGCGUCGAGAAGUUUGUUAACAACAUGCAGGGGGCCUGGGAGAUGCAAAGCGCGUACGAGAGGAGGGUGGCCGCGCUGCUGAAGGGCAUACGGGCACAAAUCGAGAGCUGGCAGCAGGCCAAGUUCGAGGGGUCCUACGCCGAUGCCAAGGCGCAGUCGACAGAAUUCUCCUCAUACAAGAGGGGGAAGAAAAGAGAGUGGGUGGCGGAAAAGAGCGAGCUAGCGACGCUGCUCGGCAACAUCAAGACAAAACUAGGAACAUACCGGCUGCGGCCAUACGAACCGCCAGCCGACCUGAGGCUCGACGUUAUGGACCUGGAGUGGACGAAUCUAUCCAAGGCGGAGAUGGUCAGGGGGCAGCUGAUUAACGAAACUAUUAGAGACAUCAAGAAUGGCCUGCGCAAAUCUUUCGCCGACAAGGCAAAUGACUUUGCGCUGGCGCUCAAUACCAUGCAACUAGCCAUAUCGGGGUUAGAAGGAGAUGUAGAAGACCAGUUGCACCACGUGCGCAAGCUCGCAGACAACCUCCCACCACUGGACGCGUAUCUGCAGACGAUUGCAGUCGUGGACGCCAAGUGCCAAGAGGCCAAUAUCGAGGAAAACGACUUCACCACGUACACGUACGAUGAGCUAGGCUACGAACUAUCGCUGGUGAAGGCGUCGGUGUCCAAGAAGCUGUCGUUUCUGGAGAACCAGAUGGUGGCGCGCAACAUGACCAACCUGACGCCCAUCCAGCUCGAGGAGUUCGAGUCCGUGUUCCGCCACUUUGACCGCGACGACACCAACAGCCUGGCCGAGCUUGAGUUCAGCGCGGCGCUCGCGUCACUCGGCCUUGUCUUCUCCGAGGACGAGAUGCACGACUACUUCGUCGCCACGUCCAACGGCCACGGCGACCGCGUCACGUUUGAGCAGUUCAUCCGCUUCAUGGUCGACGUCACCGAGGACCAGAACACGGCCGAACAGGUCUUCCAGAGCUUCCGCGAGGUCGCCGAUGGCAAGCCCUACGUGACCGAGAUGGACCUGCGCCACUCUCUCGUCCCCGACGAGGUCAUCGACAAGCUCGUCGAGAUCAUCCCCCGCCACACGGGGCCCGACAUGCAGGCCGACCGCGGCAUGCCCCAGUACGACUACAUCGCCUUUAUGGAGAAGCUCAUCAGCGAGGAAAAUGCCGCCGUCGCCAGUGCCGGUGCCGUUAGCGGUAGCGCUGUAGGGUCAUUAAUGACGAGUAAACCGAACGGCUACCACUGA